UUUGUGGUCCUGAUGCUGCGAGCGCCACUUCGCCUCCCUCUGCAUCUCUGGUCGCCGCCCGCAGCUCCCGUCUCCGCGCCGCCCGCAGCAUCCUCCUCCCGUGUGGCGCCCGCCCGCCCGGCCGCGUCGGCACCCGGGGCAUGGCCAGACUGCCGGCCAGCGAGCCCAGGCGGCAGGCGCAACCCCAGCAGCAGCCGCCCCGCGCCUCCCCCAUGAGCGGCGCCGCCGACCCGGAGGGCAUGAAGGAUCUGGAUGCCAUCAAGCUGUUCGUGGGCCAGAUCCCACGCAACCUGGAGGAGAGGGACCUCAAGCCCCUCUUCGAGCAGUUCGGCCAGAUCUACGAGCUCACCGUGCUCAAGGACCGCUACACCGGCAUGCACAAAGGGUGCGCUUUCCUGACCUACUGCGCCCGAGACUCUGCUAUCAAAGCUCAGACUGCCUUACACGAACAGAAGACGCUUCCGGGGAUGGCCCGGCCGAUCCAGGUGAAGCCUGCGGACAGCGAGAGCCGUGGAGGUAGAGACCGAAAACUCUUCGUGGGCAUGUUGAAUAAACAGCAGUCAGAAGAAGACAUUCUCUGUCUCUUUGAGCCUUUCGGGGUCAUCGAUGAAUGCACAGUGCUUAGAGGUCCAGACGGAAACAGCAAAGGUUGUGCCUUUGUUAAGUUUUCCUCGCACAACGAAGCCCAAGCAGCCAUCCAUGCGCUCCACGGCAGCCAAACCAUGCCCCAGGGUGCUUCUUCCAGCCUCGUGGUGAAGUUCGCGGACACAGACAAGGAGCGGACGCUGCGACGAGUGCAGCAGAUGGUGGGGCAGCUUGGCAUUCUCACCCCCCCCUUCGCCUUGCCGUUCAGCCCGUACAGCGCGUACGCUCAGGCGCUGAUGCAGCAGCAGACGGUCCUGUCGGCUUCCCAGGGUAGCUUUCUCAGCCCCAGCCUCACUUUCUCGCCGUGCCACAUCCAGCAGAUUGGCACCGUCAGCUUAAACGGCCUGCCAGCUGCUCCAAUUGCACCAACCUCAGGGUUACACUCACCUCCUCUGCUGGGCACAGCUGCUGUCCCAGGACUGGUCACCCCCAUCAGCAACAGCUUUGCAGGAAUGGUGGCCAUUCCCAGCAGCCACCCCGCCCUGGAGACGGUUUAUGCAAACGGGCUGGUCCCCUGCACAGCCCAAAACUCAUCUGUGGCAGAGACCUUGCAUCCGACUUUCACAGGUGUCCAACAAUAUGCAGCUGUCUAUCCUGCCACCGCCAUCACCCCUGUCGCACAGGCCAUCCCUCAGCCUCUUCCUAUAAUUCAGCAGCAACAGCGAGAAGGUCCAGAAGGCUGCAACCUCUUCAUCUACCACCUGCCUCAAGAGUUUGGAGACAAUGAACUGAUGCAAAUGUUUCUUCCUUUUGGGAAUAUCAUUUCCUCCAAAGUGUUUAUGGAUCGGGCCACAAACCAGAGCAAAUGUUUCGGCUUUGUGAGUUUCGACAAUCCCUCCAGUGCCCAAACCGCCAUCCAGGCCAUGAACGGAUUCCAGAUCGGGAUGAAAAGGCUAAAGGUCCAGUUGAAACGGCCAAAGGAUGCCGGCCAGCCCUACUGACAGGAAUCUGAGCCUUGAGCCCCUUCCUCUGUCUUGAUUGCAAGAAGAACUUUCAAAAGUUGCUUCUCCUCUUCUUUGUGCCAACGGG